UUACAUGAAUACAAAGUAAUUUUCUUGCACACCCUUGCACAAACUGUACAUCAUCAUUUUAUACAAAAUAUAUGUUAUUCAAAAGGGAUCAGUGGCUCCCAGUAUAUACGGGUUAGUUGGAACCUGGGCUCUUCAAACAGAAAGAAGUCGGUUUCUUGGAAUGUGUUGGUUUGGACAGAACCUGGGAGCUAUCAUAGGUUAUUCGACCUCCGGACUUCUUUGUGUUUACGGCUUUGACAACGGAUGGGCGUCCAUAUUUUAUAUACAAGGUGCUGUUACGUUGGUAUUUAUUUGCUGUUGGUGGUAUGUGAUAUAUGAUACGCCACAAGAGCACCCGAGAAUAUCGGUUGAAGAAAGAAAUCUAAUCUUAAAACACAUUCCACAAGACCAAAAUACUGAUACCAGGAAAAAUGAAAAUAAAGUACCAUGGAAAAAUAUAUGCAGCUACUUACCCGUGCAUAUAGUGUUUUUAUGUCACGUGUGUGAUACGUGGACUUUCUAUCUUCUUGUCACGUGUCUUCCAUUGUUUCUUAAAGAAGUGCUCAAAUUUGAUAUAGAAAGCAAUGGACUUUUCUCUUGUUUACCUUACAUCAGUUAUAUGAUUGGAAUAGCGGUUGCUGGAGUAGGAGCAGACCUCGCCCGCUCGUGGAAAAACACUUCCAUCACUACAAUCAGAAAGGUCUUUCAAAUAACAAGUUAUAUGGGCAUUGCUGUAUUUAUUUUAAUACCGGGAUUUUUGACAUGUGAAUAUAGAUAUGUGGCGAUCACAUGUAUCUGUCUAUGCACGUUCUUUGAAGCAAUCGGAACAUCAGGAGGAUACCUUCCAAAUAUAAUUGACAUAGCGCCAAGGUAUUCGUCUCUUAUAUUCUCUGUAUCAAACACAAUUGCAACAAUGCCUGGUAUAAUCGCACCUAUUGCGGUUGGAGAAAUUACUAAAUCUGGUACUAGUGAAGAAUGGAGGAUUAUAUUUUAUAUUGCCUCGGGUGUCGCCGUGUUUGCAGCUGUAAUGUACGGUAUAUUUGGAAACAGCGAAUUGGCACCGUGGGCGAGAGGGACAGAAAAUGAUAUUGAAAUAGAAGUCGAACCGUCAAAAGAAGCGCUAACCAAUGGCUUGGAUGUGCAAAAAUAGGACAAAAUUAAAUUUUUUCACAAAAUUUGUACAUGUUUUACUGAACGUUAUUUAUCUAUAAAGUAUUAAUAUUACAAUAAAAUUAAUAUUUAAACAAA